UAAAAUCAUCUAAUCAGGCCUAAGAGCAAGGCAUCUUUCACAAGAUUUCUGAGAAUAGUGAAUGAUAAGUGUGCAUCAAAAUUUGCAUGUGAUUUAGACCAUAACAGAUCUUUGAUGACGCAUCAUGCCUCAGCACGCAAUAGGUGACAGCGCAUGAUACCUAACGUGACAAAAAUCUGCUAGUAUUGUGUCAAAGUGUGCGUGUAACUUUUCAUCACAGAUUAAGCUUCGGACCUUUACUCCACAAACGGUUUUCGACAAUGAGUUUUCAACCGAACGGAGUUGAGUUUUUAGACGUGUCUAUCGAAGCCGACUUUAAUAAGCCGCAUUCGCCCAGAAUUAAUCUUAAAGACCUGGAUAAGAUGUCAAAUGGAGGGAAAGACGAAGCAAACCAGUCAACCAAGAAAGAGUUGAGUGCUAUUAAGAAGAUUUGUAUGAUUGCCAAGUUACAAUGUAUAUUCCUCCCAAUGAAGUUGUUCGGUUUGUACUAUCAAGACGUGAGGGGUACUUGUUCAGGAGAAUUUGUCGCAUAUGGAGGGAAAUCGGCAUUUUUGAUGCGUUCGUACCAGUUCGUGGUGAUCGCGAUUUUGUGGAUGAACUUCGGCAAGACGCUAGCAUCGUUCUGGGUCGGUAAUAAUCUUGGUACAAUGAUACUUCCAGCCUUUCUUUGGUUUUUACAAACAGCUCUCCAAGCCUCGAUCUGUUUCUUCACCAUGAACUUGAGAUCUAGGAAGUCCGCCUUGAAAAGUUUGUUGUUGUAUUGGAAUUCCCAGCCGAACUUUCACGAACUUGUCGUCGAGUCGUACAUGAUAAAAUGCGUGAAACGAACGACGAUGGUCGCGUAUUUAUUAAUGUUGAUGAACACAGUGCUGUAUGGCUUAAUCCUGUUUUCUUCGGAAUCCCUUAUACCAGUGGCACAAGCUAUGGUUUCACCCCUUCCUGUUACAAGCACAGCGGCCAAAGUAUUUUUCUUCAUUGUGGCUAUUUACAGUUCAGCUGCUUGGUUGAUGCCUUUCGCCAUUUUCUCCGCCGUCUGCCUAACUUUAAUCCAUCAAUGCCGCCGUCUGAGGAAGACCCUGCGUUUGACUGCCUCCGCCAGUGAAGUGAGAAGAGUGAAGAUCUUGAGGGGACAACAUUCCUCGUUGUGUGGCUCCGUCAGAAAAGUGGACAACUUGUUUAAGUUCUUGACCCUGGUUGUUUAUGUCACGAACAUCCCGUUGCUCUGCUUCCUCUUUUACAACCUGAUUUUCGUCAAGACUGACAAUGUCUUAACCAAAGUGACUUUAUCGUUUUGGUUUAUUAUUGUUGCUUGCAUCAUGAUAGGAGUUUCCUUCCUGGGUGCACAGUUAAAUAGCUGGAUUCAUUCCUUUACAGAAGUUGUGCAGAAAGUUCAAAUAUCAAAUGUUGAUCUGGAUACACAUACGGAGUUGAUGUUGUUCCUGGCGAAGUUAGGCGGAGAUCCCGUGGCAAUUACAGCAGGAGGACUGGUACCAAUCACAAAACCGCUGAUUGUUACGGUAACUGGCGUGGUCAUCACAUAUUUCGCCCUUCUGUAUGAGCUUAGAUGAAACGUCUUCGUGUGUAAACAGCCUACAGAACAGAAGUCUUUUCAGUUCGUGUAUCCAGGAGAGUGGAGGCGAGCGCGAAGCAGUGAGUCGUUCGUGGAGGGGAGUAACAUUAAACCACAAUGAAAUUUUUCGUUCGGACUCCUCUUCUCGCGCGUGAUUCGCCCUUUGCAUGAUCUCCUCCUCAUCGCCUCGCGAUUGACUCUGCUUGCAAUAGUAUUGGAAAUAUUUCAAAAAGGAAGAGACAGAUCUGUAGUUGUUAGCACUAACCAAUCAAACUUGAAGAAUAAUGAUGACUCCAACCAAUCAUUUCACUUUGUUUAACUAAAAUGUGCGGACUAAGUAAGUUCACUAACGAGACGGGUCAGUCUACUAUUUUUAGUCGUAGGUACUAAAAACAAAAUUGCACUUCUCUGAUGAAAUAUUCUGGAUAACAGUGUGGCAUGGUAAUUCAAUUGAACCCUCAGAAUUUACUUACGAGUUGCAUAAGCGUGUUCGUUGCAACAAGAUAUUUUCUUUGUAAAAUGUGUCAUUUUAA